CCCGCAGAGGGAGGAAGAAGACGGCCAUGGCCACGGCCACCAAUGGCUCUGGCGGGAUGCACAGCGCUCUGCCGGACACCAGCUUUGUCAGCACUGAAGACCUUGCUUCUGACUGGUACAUCUAUGAAACCAUGGAACCAGCCGUGUCACAGGAUGACAUGUUCCCCAGUGCGAUCCCAGACUGCCACCCCACCAUUUCUCCCAGGCUGUAUCACAUCUGCAUGGCACCCAUCUCCCUGGCCGUGCUUGUGGGCUUGUCCUUGCUGGUGAAACGCAGGCGUCUCCACCGGAGCUGCUGGAACGGCAUCCCGGGACUGCUCAGUCCGGCCAACUUCCUAGAGGAGGAAGGCAAGCAAGGGCUGGUGGCUGCAGUGUUUGGCAUCCUCUUCUCCUCCCUGUGUGUGCUGAUCUUAGACAAGGACCCUCUGCCGCUUGUCACCCAUUCGUCCCAGAGCACCCAGGAGUACUGGAAGAUCCUGGCUUUGCUCUACUACCCCGCCUUCUACUACCCCCUGGUCGCCUGUGCCACCGUCGGGCACAGGCUCAGCUACCUCGUGGGCUGCCUGCUCUCCUGGUGCCACUGCGUGGUCCACAUCUGGCAGAAGGUGGAUUGUCCCCAGUCACCCAAGAUAUACAGGUACUACUCCACACUUUCGUACGUCCCCAUCAUCCUCUGCCUUGUGCUCUUAAGCCUUUGGUAUCCAGCCCUGCUCAUCAGGAGUUUCACCGGGCAGGAGGACACCUUGGACAAGGAGGUUCCAGGGAGAGGUUAUUACAAGAAGUACCUGAAGGCCGUCCUGUCCAAACGCCCUCGGAAGGGGAGCUCCACGAAGCUAGAAGAGAGCCUCCUAUCCAGGGUCCAGACGUAUUUAUGCUCCUACAUCUACACUCCCGAGGAAGGUUUCCGGAUCCCGCUGAAGCUCGUCCUGUCCAUAACCACGGCCAUGAUCGCUGUCUACCAGGUCGCCCUGCUGCUCCUCGUAGCCGUCGUCCCCACCAUCCAGAUUGUACGGGCUGGAAUGACAAAGGACGUCGUGGUGCUGCUGGUCCAGUUUGGGUUGGUGCCCUCAGAGAGCCCGGCCAUGCUGGGGGACAUGGAGAAGGAGCUCAACACCGUUAAGUACUACCUGUGGGCGCUGGAAGUCUGUUACAUCUGCUCGCUGGUGCUGUGCUGCCUGCUGACCUGCGCCAUGCUGCUGAGGACACUGGUGAUGCACAGGAACAACCUGAAGGCGCUGUACCAGGGAGCUGUGCUGGAUGUUUUCUACAAAGCCCAUAUCCUCCGCCCAUCCCGACAAGCCGUUGUCUGCUGGAUGAGCUUUGCCAGCUUCCAGACAGCUUUUGCCUGCCUGGGUCUCCUCAUCCAGCAAGUGAUUUUCUUCAUCUGCUCGGUGGGGUUCACCUUCUUCAUCGUCAUCCCACUCCAGUCUGGCACAAACACGCACCUCUUCAAAAUGAUCCAGAACAUGUGGCCCUUCUGGUUGACCCUGGUUGUUGCCAUCAUCCUGCAGAAUUUGGCAGCUCACUACCAAUUCCUGGAGCAGCAUCCCCUUCAGAAGGAGCUCACCAACAGGCGAGCUCUCUACAUAGUCACCUACCUCCUCUUCCCCAUCAACGUCCUGGUGGGUGUCCUGGCUGGCGUGUGGAGGAUGGUAAUUUCUGGCCUUUAUAAUGCCGUCCACUUCUGCCAGCUGGACAUCAGCCUGCUGAAGACCUUCGACCCCGGCUACCACACAUACUGCCACUAUCUGAAGAUGGAGGUCAGCCAGUCCCACCCGGUGAUGAAAGCCUUCUGCUUGCUGCUCCUCCAGCCAACCCGGCCAGAGGGGCCACACGGGCUCCAGGCCAGCAACGUGGAAGAAGGCAUCCAGCUGAUGCAGCCCAAGAAGGCACCGCCCAGCAGAGCCCGGUUCAAGCAGAGCCGAGCCCGGUGGUGGCUGGCUUACACUCUCCUCAACAACCCAUCGCUGACAGCUUGUCGGAAAACUGCCCUCUCCGACCCCACGGCCAACGGCACCCAGCUCAGCCCCCCCAAGCCCUGA